AUGGAGCCCUUAAUCUUAUACUCAUUACAUUGCUUUUCCCUCCUCGCCUUUCUCUACGUCCUCCUCCCCCUUUUCCUCCGAAAACUCGGCAACCUUCCCCCGUCCCCUCCGAUCUCCCUCCCGAUCAUCGGCCAUCUCUAUCUUCUCAAGCAGCCGCCGCCUCUCCACCGUACCUUAUCCAAAAUAUCCCGCAAAUUCGGCCCCGUCGUGCUCCUACACUUCGGCUCCCGCCCGGUCCUCCUCGUCUCCUCCCCUUCCUCGGCCGAGGAAUGCCUAUCGACGAACGAUGUGGCAUUCGCCUGCCGGCCGAGGCUCCUCGCCGGAAAGAUCCUCGGCCACAACUACAGUACCCUCGUGUGGGCCCCUUACGGCGACUGGUGGCGAAAUCUCCGGCGCGUGGCCACCACGCAGAUCCUCUCGGCCCACCGCAUCCGUUCGUUCGGGGAGACGCGCGCCGACGAGGUCCGCCGCCUCGUCUGCCGUCUCUCGGCCCCGGCUCCGGCGGCCGUCGAUGUGAGGACGGCCGUAUUCGAGAUGGUGCUCAACAUCAUGACGCGGAUGGUUGCCGGAAAACGGUACUACGAUGAUGGUUCGGGUGAUUCAUUGGGGGAAGCUAAGGAGUUCAAGGAGAUGGUGACGGAGAUAUUCAGGGUGAGCGGGGCGACCAACGCCGGCGAUUUCUUGCCGGUGUUGAGAUGGUUGGGUGUGAAUGGGUUGGAGAAGAGGCUGAAGAAGUUGCAGGUGAGGAGAGACCGUUUCUAUCAGAAUUUGAUAGAUGAACGGAGGAGGACGACGGAGAUUGAGAAAGGGGAAAAGGACAUGACGUUGAUUGAUGUUCUUUUGGCCGACCAAGAGACCGAUCCCGAGGUGUACACGGAUGAAUACGUCCAAGGAAUGAUACAGGUGAUGCUAGCAGCUGGGACUGACACUUCAGCACUAACAAUUGAAUGGGCGAUGUCGCUUUUACUGAACCAUCCAGAGAGUCUAAUCCGGGCACAGGCCGAAAUCGACUCCACAAUAGGACACUCGAGACUCGUAAAUGACUCCGACCUACCAAAUCUGCCUUAUCUCCAUGCAAUCAUAAACGAAACCCUUCGUAUGUACCCGGUUGGUCCCUUGCUUGUCCCGCACGAGGCCUCAACCGAUUGUGUUGUCGGGGGAUAUCGGGUCCCACGAGGUACGAUGCUACUUGUGAACGUGUGGGCUAUACAGAACGAUCCUAAUUUGUGGGAAGAUCCAAGAGCGUUCAAGCCCGAGAGGUUUGCGAAUUUCCAAGGGCAAAGGGACGGAUUCAAGUUCGUGCCGUUUGGUUAUGGGAGAAGAGGGUGUCCGGGUGAGAAUCUCGCUAUGCAUGCCGUGGGCUUGGCACUCGCGUCCCUCAUUCAGUGCUUGGAGUGGGAAAGAGUUGGAUCGGAGGAGGUGGAUAUGAACGAAGGUCUCGGACUGACGAUUCCUAAGGCUCAGCCACUUGUGGCGAAAUGUAGACUGCGUCGUGAGAUGGGGGAACUAAUUGGCAACUAUAAGUGA